AUGACCGUCGCGAACGAACAGCCCCGACAGCUGCCUCUGCCUUGGAUCCAGACCCCUCUCAUCCGGUCGGCUACUUUGUCUGAACUGGCUGGAUGUGAGAUCUACCUCAAACUUGAUAACAUCCAGCCCAGCGGAUCCUUCAAGUCGAGGCAAGUUCGCUUGAAGGCACUCGGGGGUGUCGGAAAUCUCAUCCGCAAAGCCGCCCUCUCCAGCCGCUCUGGCUCCCCUCUCCACUUCUACUCUUCCUCUGGGGGCAAUGCGGGCCUUGCCUGCGUAUCUGCCUCCGUCCUCCUCUCAUACCCCUGUACUAUUGUCGUUCCCCUCUCGACCAAGCCGUUCAUGAUUGACAAGCUCAAGAAGGCCGGGGCGAGCGAGGUCAAACAAGUAGGAGCUACUUGGUUUGAUGCGGACAAGUACUUGAGGGAGGUCUUGCUGAAAGAGGAUGAAAACGGGGUGUAUGUUCCGCCUUUUGAUCACCCCGACAUCUGGGAGGGGGCCGAAAGCUUGGCAGAUGAGAUUAUCAGAGAUCUCGGGGAGGUGCCUAGUGGGGUUGUAUGCUCGGUUGGAGGCGGUGGUCUUCUAAUCGGGCUAUGCCAAGGGCUAGACAGAUUGGAUGCCUCGCAUAAGGCUCAGGUGGUAGCCGUUGAAACGUACGGUGCCGAAUCCUUACACGAGGCAGUCAAAGCUGGCGAGCUCGUCACUCUUCCCGGUAUCACUUCCAUCGCGACCAGUUUGGGAGCUGUUCGAGUAGCCAGCAAGGCAUUCGAUUAUGGCAUGAAAGAGCACGUGCAUAGCGCCUUGGUAACGGACAAGGAAGCUGCAGAAGCUUGCGCGAGAUUCUUAGACGACGAGCGGAUCUUGGUUGAGCCAGCUUGUGGGGCCACGCUGGCUAUGGUGUACUCUGGGCGGUUAAAGGAAAUUUUGAGCUACAAAGAACACCACAAAGUGGUGCUGGAAGUCUGUGGAGGUUCAGCCAUCUCGUCGGAGAUCUUGGCUGGGUACAAGCAGAUGUUUGACUUUUGA